GAUAUCACAACCACCUAUGAAAUUCAAGGUUAGACAAAAACAUCAUGCCCCUAACAGACAACGGUUGUGGCCAACAAAGGAAGAAGGAAUUAUUAGUAACACCAUGCGCAUUUUUUAAAUGUUUUAUGCAGUGUAAACUUUAAUCAAUUGGUGUCACCAGCCAAGAGAAAGAAAAUGAUUUGCACAGCCCACAUUUUGGCACAUAAAAUCAACAACUUCCUCACUAGUCAAGCAUUAGCUCAUUGUAAUAUGGAACUUCCACAAAUUAACCAAGUCCAUAGGCUUCUCAUAGCAUUUUUGUUGUUUCUUCUUGCAACUUUGGUUCUGUCUUUUCCUUUUGAGCCUCCAGGCAAUGUUAGGCAAUGGCACAUGACUUCUGAUGUAAAGGAAGUAGCAGGGAAGUCUUAUGACUAUAUUAUAGUGGGUGGAGGCACAUGUGGUUGUCCAUUAGCUGCUACUCUAUCAGAGAAAUUCUCUGUGCUGCUUGUAGAAAGGGGUGGUUCACCAUAUGGGAAUCCUUUGGUGAUAGAAAGGAGGAACUAUGGAAUUCCAUUACUUGAGACUGACAAAUACAUGUCAGUGGCACAAAGUUUCAUAUCACAGGAUGGAGUUGGCAAUGUGAGAGGAAGAGUUCUGGGGGGGUCAUCAGCUAUAAAUGGGGGCUUUUACAGUAGAGCAAGUGAGGAAUUUGUUUGCAGAGCUGGUUGGGACAAGAAGCUGGUCAAAGAAGCUUAUGAAUGGGUGGAAUCAAAGGUUGUCUUUCCUCCUUUUUAUCUCUCACCAUGGCAAUCUGUUGCUGAAUUCAGCAUACUUGAAGCAGGAGUUUUACCAUACAAUGGCUUCAGCUUGGAACAUAUCAAGGGAACCAAGAUUUCUGGAAGUGUGUUUGAUGAAUUUGGAAAGAGACAUACCUCAGCAGACCUUCUGAAUGCAGGGAACCCAAAGAACCUCACAGUUCUCAUAAAUACCACUGUCAAGAGAAUCCUCUUUCAUCACAAUAGUUACAGGAAUGAAACCAGAGCUAAGGGUAUAAGUUUCAUGCAGAGCAAUAGCACAUUAGAUGAAGCACAUGAAGCCUACAUAAAAGAAGUCCAGAAUUCAAGUUCAAGGGGUGAUGUCAUAUUGGCAGCAGGUGCAUUGGGUAGUCCUCAACUUCUGCUGCUAAGUGGCAUAGGGCCAAAAGAACAGCUGAGAAGGUUCAACAUUUCGUUAGUGCGUGACAUUGAAGGGAUUGGGAAAGGAAUGCAAGACAACCCUUGUAUAGCAGUUUUGGUGGAUUCUAAGCCACAGGAUAGGCUUCCUGAUCCACCCCAAAUUGCAGGCAUAACAGAUGACUACAAAAUUAUAGUUGAAGCAUCAAUACUUCCUCUAAGUUCCAAUUCCACAAGGGUUAAUGUUGCUGCCAAGAUAGCUAUGCCUACUUCAAAAGGGGCGCUUCACCUGAACAACACAGACCCCAGGCUGAACCCUUCUGUGAGGUUCAACUAUCUAGCUAGUGAAAAUGACAUGGAAGAAUGUGUCAAGAUGACAAAACUGCUUGACAGAAUUGCAAGGUCAAAGUCUAUUGCAUUUUUCCUUGGUGAGUCACGGCAAGAAAAACUGACAUCCGCUGAUGUUGAUCUAAGAAACUUCUGCAAGAAAAAUGUGAGAACAAUCUAUCAUUAUCAUGGAGGUUGCACGGUUGGAUCAGUGGUUGAUGAGCACUACAAGGUUUAUGGUUUAAAGGGAUUGAGAAUAUUGGAUGGCUCGACUUUUUCAGAGUCACCGGGCACAAACCCGAUGGCCACCCUUCUCAUGCUAGGAAGGUACCAAGGACUCAAAAUUCUGAGCGAAAGGAAUGCAGUUUCUGACUCAAAUGCCAAAGAUAAAACAAAAUGAUUUCUCUAUUAUUACCUUUCAAACAAAACCAGCUUGUAAAAAACAACAAGGCAGCGCUUAGAAGCCUAACAGUGUGUACCAUGCAAAAUAAUAAUUCUGCUUCAGCAAUGUAAAUUCAUUUCAUUUCAAUUCAUUCCCUCUCAUCUCAUCCAAUUCAUUGAUUAACAUUGAACCAGAGAACAAGAAAACCUUCAUGAAUUUUUCCUUUCUUUCUUUCUCGCUAGUCCUAAAAAUUAUAUAAAUUUCUGAGUUCAACACGUUCCAAAUAGCAAUUCCAGAAAUUUGUGUCGCGGUAAUCCACAUCUAUGCAACCAAGAAGUGUAAAAAAAUCAUCAUUUAUUCAUUGCAAGAAAAUAUAUCAUAUAAUUAACAAUUUCGUGCAAUUUUGUCUGUACAUAUAUUUAUCAAUCCUUCCCCAAUUUCAAAACCGACAACACUCUACACCCAAAAUCAAAACCAUUCUCUAACUCUCUGCAGCAUCAUCUUCAGGACUUGAUCGAGAAUCAUCAUUUGAAGAAGCAGCUUGAUCAUGAUCCUGGCCUCUCCUAAUCCUAUUGUAAGAAAAACUAACCCAAACUUCAUCACCACCAUCCCUUCUCCUCUCUCCCCCUUCUUCCUCGCUCUUCAUCACGCAAUUCUUCUCCACGGGCAUCUCAUACCUACACACAGGGCAAGACCCAUGAAGCCCCAACCACUUCUCAAUACAAUCACCAUGAAACUUGUGCUUACACGGCAUCUCCUUCGCCACCACACCAACCUCAAACUCCUCCAAACAAACCACGCACUCCAAAUCCUCACCCUCUCCAACUUCCACACUUGGCAUGGCCUCAAUGGAUUCUUUGGAAGCCGGAGGCCGACCACCUUUUCCGCUGCCAAGUUCGCGAAACAGAGCUUCGAGGCGCGAGUCGGCGUCGAUGACAACCAUGCCCUGAGUGAAGGGGUUCACCAAGAUGAUUCUUUGACGCUGGGGGCCUUCAGUGUUCCCGUUUUCGUGACGUGGGUCGUCGCCAUCUCUUCCUGGGGCGGCCUCAGAGAGGCCAAAGAGAAAGGGAAGAAACAGAGUUAUGUCUCUGUUUCGGUCGAACCUCUCGAAAACAGAAUUCUCCGGCACCUCAGUUCCUGAAGCCAUGAUUUUUAUUCAGAAAAGCUGUUUUGUUUGGUGAGAGAGGAAGAGGGUGUGAUGAAUGAUUGAGAAUAAUGGAAAAACUGAUUGAGAAU